AUGGAGAGCAAGCCAGCAGUGAAUGGCCAUGCUGCCCCCGUCCCUCACCAGGAAGACAUGCCAGGAGCAAACCACUCGUGCCAGGACAUACUGCCUUGCAAGCAGAAAAAAGCAGCUGAUGGGGAUGUGAUGGUGAUGAAUGCUUCUAGUGAGCCCUUAGAGGCAGCUGGUGGCAUUGCAGGAGUGUAUGUAGAGGCUUCAAAGAAGAUAAUGAGCUUUUAUGAAGCCACCAGAGAGCAUCUUCUGAGUUUGGAUUCAGCACUUUGUCUUCUCGAGGCUCAGGCAGCCACGGGCUUCAUCACUGACCCAGUGAAGAACAGGCAUUUCUCUGUAGCAGAAGCUGUGCAGCUGGGGCUGGUGGGGCUGGAGCUGAAGGAGAGGCUGCUCUCUGCAGAGAAAGCUGCUACUGGCUUUUUGGACCCCUACACAGAAGAGAAAAUCUCCCUCUACCAGGCGAUCCAGAAGGACCUGAUUGGGAGGGAGCAAGGUAUUCGGCUGCUAGAGGCCCAGAUUGCAACUGGAGGCGUCAUUGACCCAGCCACUGGCUGCCGGCUCCCAGCAGAUGUUGCCUGUGAGAGGGGAUUUUUAGAUGAAGAGAUGAGGCAGCUCCUCUCUGACCCCAGCAAUGAGGACAGAAAAGGGUUCCUCAACCCCAGUACUAUGGAGAGGGUCACUUAUACAGAGCUUAUAAAGAGGUGUGUUGUUGAUCCGGCCUUGGGCUUCCUUCUCUUGCCCCUGAAAAUCACAUUCCCAGGGCUGGGAGGGAGGGUGAGCAGCAGGGAUCUGCUGGACUGUGGCAUCAUCAACCCUGACAUGUUCAGAGAUCUUGAAGAGGGAAGAGUUUCUGCCCAGGAGGUAGCAGAGAAUGACUCCAUUCAGCAGUUCCUGCAUGGGACAAGGAGUGUGGCUGGUGUUGUCCUGCCUUCCAGUGAACGGAAAAGCCUUUACCAGGCACUGAGAGAGCAUCUCCUCAUGCCUGGUGCUGCUCUGAUGCUCCUGCAAGUCCAGGCCUCCACUGGCAGCCUGACAGACCCUAUACAGAACAAAAGCUACUCAGUUGAUGAAGCUGUCAGGAUCGGUCUCAUCGGCCCGGAGCUUCAUGAGAAACUGUCUUCAGCUGAGAGGACCAUCACUGGAUACAGGGACCCCUACACGGGAGAAAUGCUCUCUCUGUUCCAAGCCAUCAGGAAGGGCUUUAUUCCCAAGGAUCAUGGCAUUUGCCUUCUGGAGGCUCAGAUGGCCACAGGGGGUAUAAUUGCUCCAGGCAGGCACCUUCGGGUCCCCACAGAGACAGCUUGCAAGUGGGGGUACCUAGACGAGGCCACAAGACAGCUCCUCUCCAGCCCUACUGAUGACAUGAAAGGGUUCUUCGACCCCAGCUCCAAAGAGAAGCUGAUCUACGCAGACCUGCUCAAGCGGUGUGUCACUGAUCCCAACACGGGGCUCCUUCUGUUGCCACUUGGUGGAGACAGCAGCGAAGGAUGCGAGGGAAACCACCUCUUCUUUGACCAUAGGACCCAAACAGCUCUGGAAAACAUACAGGUACCCAUUGCUUUAGGUAAAUUCAAGGGAAAGUCGGUGUCCCUCUGGAAACUCCUCUUCUCAGACUACAUCCAGAGUGAGCAAAGAGCUGCUCUCACUCAGCAGUACCUUGCAGGAACACUCUCUACGCAAGAAUUCAGUAAGGCAGUCAGUGCCACCAUUGAGGAAAUGGCUUCCACUGCUAAUGUCACCUUUGAAGGACUGAGGGACCGGGUGACAGCUGACCAGCUCCUGAGCUCUGAAAUCAUCAACAAAGAUUUGUUUAAGAAACUGAAGGAGGGAGAAACAUCAGCCAAAGAAGUUGUCAGCAUGGACACUGUCAAGAAGUACCUGCAAGGGACAGGUAGCAUUGGUGGGCUCCUGCUUCCUGACUCCCAGGAGAAGAUCAGCAUCUACCAAGCAAAGCGGAAAGGACUUUUAAGGCCAGGAACGUCACUGAUCCUCCUGGAGGCACAGGCUGCUACUGGAUUUAUCAUUGACCCAGCUGCCAACAAAAGGUAUUCUGUGGAUGAGGCGUUAAGAGUGAAUGUCAUUGGCCCAGAUGUUUAUGACAAGCUCCUGACUGCAGAGAAAUCAGUCACUGGCUACAGAGAUCCUUACUCAGGGAACAAGAUCUCCCUCUUCCAGGCCAUGAAGAAGGAGCUCAUCGUCAAGGAGCACGCUAUCCGCCUGCUCGAGGCCCAGAUCGCCACCGGCGGCAUCAUCGACCCUGUCAACAGCCACCGCAUCCCUGUGGAGGUGGCCUACCGGCGUGGCUACUUUGACAAGAAGAUGAACUUAAUUCUUUCUGAUCCCAGUGAUGACACCAAAGGUUUCUUUGACCCCAACACACAUGAAAACCUCACCUACCUGCAGCUGAAGGAGAAGUGCAUUACAGAGCCAUCCACCGGGCUCUGCCUCCUUCCUCUAAACAGUAGGAAGCGCCAGUUCGUUGAUGAUGUCACCAGACGGCUGUUUAGGAGCUCCUGGCUGCCGGUCAGUACUUCAGCGAGGGGAGGCGCCGAGAGAUACUCAGCCACUACCAGCUGA